UCGUUUUGUUAUGUGAUGUCUGCGAGUGAGACAGAAGAACCCACUGGGUCUUUGCUCUCUCUUCGCUCUCUUUCUCUCACUUUGUGACAAAGACGACCAGUAAAACCUCAUGCUCAUUGACUGCUCUCUCUCUCUCUCUCUCUCUCUCUCUCUCGUGUUAUAGUUAUUCGAAGUCUUAACACAACCAGCUAAAGCUUGUGUUUUCAAUUAAGUUAUUCGUUUUGUUUGUAGUGCAAAGACUCGGUUGCCCCUAGACUCCAACUGCUAGUCUCCCUUGUGGGCAUGCUUUACUUUCUGUGAUAAAGAUUACCCCUUUUUUUCCUGGGUUGUUUUCUGCUUUGGAUAUAGAAGCGACGCACUUUGAUUGGGGCUCCUUGCGUGGUUUUCUGGGCUUCUUAAAAGUUUGUGUAAAAAUACUGUUUGUUCUUUUACUUUCUCAUAUAUGGGAUGGUUUAUCAGUACAAGAAGCUGAAUUCUGCUUGAAAUUUGACAACUUCUUUGAGAAUUCUUGUCGUUUAAGAGCUAGUCUGUAGGCAGUGGGUACUUUUGUGUUAUUGUAGAGACUUGGAGUUUCAAGGGGUUGUGAAAGGUGGAUAUAUUGGAGGCCAUAUUUUGUGGGUUAUAUGAAUUGGGUUGUGGUUAUUUUCAAUUUUUAGCGUAUCUUUGUGGGCUGAAGACUGAGGAAGGAGCUUGUGAACGUAGCUCUACUUUCUGUGUCACUUGAUAUGAGAUAAUUCCUCUUGAAUGGGUACUGAUGCUGCUGAAGGGGUGGAGACUGUGAGAAAACCCCAUUCCUUUAAGGUUCAUCGUUUGAUGUGCACGGAACUUAUGAAGUUGGUAGAUAGAAUUUCACGGAUAUUUCCAGAUAUAGAAGCAGCAAGACCUCGGUGCACAACAGGAAUACAGGCUCUAUGCUUGUUAACUCGCGCAAUUGAGAAAGCCAAGCUACUUCUCCAGCAUUGCAGUGAUUCUAGUAAACUCUACCUGGCAUUUACAGGGGAUGUGAUAGUCUCAAGAUGUCAAAGAUCAAGGAACUUGUUGGAGCAAAAUUUACGCGAAAUUCAGAAUUGGGUUCCAGUGAUGUUAGUAGCGGAGAUCUCUCAAAUAGUCGAUGAUCUUAAAGAUGCAACCUUUAUACUGGACCCAUCUGAAGAAGAGGCUGGGAGGGUUGUCCGAGGAUUGCUCCAUCAAGAUGCUUCUCAAUCAAACUCAAGGGAGGAUUCUGAAAUCAAGGCUCUUCAAAUUGCAUCUUGGAGGCUUCAUAUUACAUCAUCAAAGGCAAUGUUGAUAGAGAAAAGAUCUAUUAAGAAGUUGCUAGAUAAAGUUGGUGAUAGUGACCUUCGAAAAAAGCAGAUUUUGACAUAUUUCUUGUAUCUAAUCAAGAAGUAUGGACACUUAAUAAUGGGGAAGCAAGCAGAGGGGGCCUCUAUGUGGCAACAAGGAUCCUUGGCAUCUGACACUUCUGGCAAUGGUUUGGAAUAUAAUCAAUAUGCUGAAGCUGAACCUCAUGUUAAAUAUAAUCAGUAUAAUCGAAGUGACAUGUUGCAUAGAACUGUACCUCCUGAGGAAUUUUUAUGCGGAAUAUCUUCCAGAUUGAUGUAUGAUCCUGUUGUUAUUGCUUCUGGACAAACAUACGAAAAGAAGUGGAUACAGAAGUGGUUUGAUGAGGGUCAUGAUACAUGCCCGAAAACUCAUAGGAAGCUCACCCACCUGUCAUUUACUCCAAACGUUGCCAUGAAGGAGUUAAUAUCAAGGUGGUGUACAGAGUGUGGAGUGACCAUUCCUGACCCUAGUAUGCAACCAGAAACCCUCUCAUGGGAAACCUCCUCCACUUCCAUUGCUAGUUUGGGCAGUUCUAUGAAUGAUAUACAUCUGCAAAUGGAUCUCAGCAAUGUAUCAUUUGGAUCCUUAGAUACUAGUUACAAUUCAGAUUCUUCACGCACAAAGAUAGAAAGUGGCUUGAGUUUGGUGCAGGAAUAUGACGAUUCUCUGAAAUACGGGUAUGCUAAAAAUUGUGAGACAGAUUUGGAAUUUCUAUCUAAACUUGGUGAGCUCCCAUGGGAAUCCCAAUGCAAGGUUGUUAAAGAUGUCAAAAGCCAUUUGAAAUGCAAUCCUCAAGCUUCUUACUCUAUGUCAUCUAAGAAUUUUGUUAAUCCUCUCAUCAAAUUUUUGAGGGAUGCCCAUGACCUGGAUGAUGUAAAAGCUCAGAGAGAUGGAUUUAAAUUAAUGUUCAACUUUGUGAGCAAAAACAGAAAUGAUAUACCGUACUUACAUGAAGAGGCAUAUACUCUGCUGGCAUCUUAUCUUGAUUCAGAGGUCAUAGAAGUUGUUCUUGCCAUAUUGGAAAUUGUGUCUGUUCAACAGCAUUGCAGGUCUAAUAUCUCAGAGUCUGGUGCACUUUCAUCCAUUCUAAAACUCCUUGAUUCCCAGAUCAAAGAUAUACAAGAAAAAGCCAUUAAGGUUUUGUAUAAUUUGUCCUUAAACAGAGACAUUUGUCCAAAAAUUGUAUCUUUGGAGUGCAUCCCAAAACUGGUUUCCUUCUUUAAAGAUGACGCUCUUGCAGGAAACUGCAUUUCCAUAUUGAAAAAUUUGUGUGAUACUGAAGAGGCCAGGAUUUCCAUUGCUGAAACUAGCGGAUGCAUUGCUUCUAUUGCUGAAGUACUUGAGACAGGCAGUAGUGAGGACCAAGAGCAUGCUGUUGCUAUCCUCCUUUCUUUAUGCUCUCAGCGUGUUGAAUUUUGUCACUUGGUCAUGCAUGAGGGUGUUAUCCCUCCUCUUGUCUUUUUAUCUAACAAUGGGAAAGAGAGAGCAAUGAUAAGUGCAUUGGAAGUGCUACGUCUCUUAAGAGAUAUCGAUUACGUUGAUGAGCAAGAAUGCUCUGGAUCUGACCUUGAUGCAUCUAAAGACAAUGACAAUCACUCUGCUGGAAAGAAGUUGUCAAAGACAUCAGGAUUCUUUGGACGGUCAAUGUUCAAGUUCUCAAAAACCAGUUCGCUUGCACCGAAAAAGAAGAAAUGAAGCCAAUGUCUGUUAAGGUUCAUUGCUUCUAGCUCGGAGAGCUUUGUGGUCUUAAAGCUGAGUUAAGGUAUCAUCAUGUCAUAUGUAAAUAUAGUAGGAAGUUGAUUGGUUUUUUCGGUCAUACUAAUUUCGACGUAGUUUUUAUCAGGUUUUUAGAAUUCAGCUAAGAUUAAGACUCAGCUUUUAAUCUUCAUUCAUAGUGUAUCUUCUACCCUUUUGCAGCUGCAUACUCCAUAAAAAUUAUAGAAUGAUGUUAUUUGAUGUGCUUGUGAAAAUUGAAUCCCUUUUCUCAUUGCAUUUGUGUGUACUUGUGGCUUGACA